CUAAGAGCAACAAUAACAAACAGAACACCAAGGGGGUUCCGGGAAUGGGGAGGAGGCAUGUGAUCUGAUGUGUUGCUGAAAUCAGGCUCUCCCUUUGGUCUCUGCUACAUCAGAGAUACCUGCUCAGGGCUGGAACCAUGGAGUCAUCCUCUGACGAAGAGGAGGUGCGCACCUUCGUCCAAGUCCUCAGUGAGAAGUACGACCCAGAGAAUUUCCCCUACGGCCAAGGCCUGGGAGUCGUGGUUCUGCCCAGCCCUCCGGGAUCCCCUGUCAAGGAUCGCCUGUUCCUGCCCAGUGCGCUGGUACUGAAUUACUGUGGAAUCAGUAAAGCUGGUGACAAGUCAAACAUUGCAACUUUCUGUGCCCAUGUGGUAGAGCUGGACCUGUCCUACAAUCAGCUGAAUGACUGGGGAGAGAUCUGCACCAUCGUCUCCAACAUCCCCCACCUGGACUUCCUCAACCUGAGCAGGAACCCUCUGAACGGCGUGGAGCUGGAGCCCGGCAUGGCCGAGAUUUUCUCCAGGGUCCGACGACUUGUCCUUAUUAACACACACGUCAGCUGGGACACCGUGCACACGCUCACGCAACACACACCGGAGCUGGAGGAGCUUUUCCUGUGUCUGAACGGCUACACCACCGUGUCAGAGUCCCAGACGCCCUGUCCGUCACUACGCCUCCUGCAGAUCACAGACAACCAGCUGCAGCAUUGGGCAGAGGUGAGGAAGUUUGGUGCGAUGUACCCGUGUCUGAACACGCUGGUGCUGGCCAAUAACAGCGUGGACUCCGUGGGAGACACUCGGGAAACGCUGCAGCACCUCUACCCCAACCUGCGCAGCAUCAACCUCAACAACGCAGGGCUUAGUAAAUGGGAGGACAUUGAAAGGCUGAAUUUCUUCCCUAAGCUGGAGGAAGUCAAAGUAAUGGGGAUUCCUUUACUGCAGCCUUACACCACCCACGAGAGACGCAGCCUCCUUUUAGCACAGCUGCCAUCUGUAGUGGUGCUGAAUGGGAGCGCAGUGUCUAAAGGAGAGAGAGAGGAUGCUGAGAGGUUCUUCAUCAGGUACUACCAGGACCGGCCAGAACAGGAGAUUCCUGAGAGGUACCACAUCCUUGUGUCCAAGUAUGGUCACCUGGCCCCGCUGGCAGAGGUGGACCUGAGCCCCCCCUGCACCAUGGUGGACGUUCGCUGGGGGGAGAGGGUGGAGGCAGUCAGCCUCCGCCUGGAGCAGACGGUGGGCGACCUGAAGAAACACCUCAGAGAUCUGCUGCAGCUGCCCACCAACGGGAUCCGGCUUUUCUACAUCAACCGGGAGAUGUGCUCGGUGUUGGGACCUGAGGAGUUGAAGUGCGGCCCCCGGGCCCUCCACUCCUACAGCAUCCGAGAUGGGGAUGAGAUUCUAGUUGUGCCCAAAGUCAAAAGCCGCUGCAGCUCCUCAGAUAUAUGAGUCAGGCUUCAAAUAAAUGGGACUUAAGGGUUUUUAGAUAAUGGACACUUACUGGAUAUUAAGCUUUGACUUG